GUUACGGAACCGCAGCAGUUGCUGUUAUAAGUCUGUUAGCUUUGGGUGGUCUGCUGUUUUUUCCUGGUAUUGGAUCUAGUGGAUACAAACUUACAAUGCAGUUCUUUAUAGCCCUUGGCGUUGGUUCACUUUCUGGAGACGCCGUGUUACAUUUAAUACCAGAGGUCGUUGGAUUGCAUGGGCAUGACGAAGGCGAUUCUAAAAGUGGGGAGUCAAAAGCCUACAUCUGGCGUUUAUUAGUAGUAGUUGUGGGAAUCUAUGCUUUCUAUUUUUUUGAGAACGUCUUGCGUUUGUGGAACCAACUUCGUGGCAGCAAUAUUUCAUUUCAUCAACAUGAUCAUGGACCCGAUCACGAACAUUCGCAUCACGUGGAGUCAGGCUCUGACCCCAACAGCAAUCACGUGAUAAGCAAUGUGCUUGAAACAUCACAAAAUCAAAAACAUAAUGGAAAAGAUGAAACAGAUACAAAUAACCAGAGAAUAAAAGAUCUGUCGUCACGUGAACAACUGACACAACCUGAAGAAAAGAAAACUCUUUGUUUUGGUUUAACACCAGUUGGAAUGAUGGUUUUAAUUGGAGAUAUUUUGCAUAACUUUGGAGAUGGUUUGGCACUUGGUGUAGCUUAUAGCAGCAGUUGGAUUGGUGGUGUGGGGGCUUCUCUGGCUAUUUUCUGUCAUGAGUUACCCCAUGAGUUUGGUGAUUUUGCAAUUUAUAUCAAAAAUGGUUUAUCAAAAUGGCGGGCACUGUUUCUCAAUUUUGUCGCAGCGUGUUUUGGGUUCAUUGGUCUUUACAUUGGGCUUAGUGUGGCCACUAACUCAGCAGCAAGACAAUGGAUGUUAGCUGCAAUUGCUGGAAUGUUCUUAUAUAUUUCACUAGUUGAUGUGAUGCACGAAAUGACAGAAGAAACCAGCACACGUCCUGUUCUGCAAUUUUUCCUGCAAAAUUUGGGCAUGAUAAUGGGUUGGACAAUUCUAUUGCUACUCGCACUAUUUGAAGAUGAUAUCAAAAAUGCUUUAAGUGGCUGAUACUAAACUAUUUUUUUUACAUGCGGCAGUCACAACUGGUUUUUUUGCACAACAUAUAUAAUAUUUUUUAUUUAAGCUUGAGUGACUGAAUGUAUUUUUUUCCUUGCGUGGCUGGAAAAUGACAGUCGUUAUGACAUGGGUGUUCUGUUUUAUACACUCCGU